UUGGCAGAUGUCUCAUGUCAAAUGUGGUCAAAUUCUAAACUAAAUAAAUUGGACUAUUUCGUGUAGGUUCUUAUUAAAUAUCGCUUUUCUUUAUAAUAUUUACUGUUUUUAUUAUAUUAAAUGUAGUUGUUGGACACAAAAUUCGUGUGUGACUUGUGAAAAGUGCCAAAUUGAUGUUUUGUUUUAAUCGGUAUUAUGAAUCAGUGUGAUCAAAAUAUAAACAAAGAUAUGAUCGAUUCUGAUCUGAUUGACGUGGAAUCGUUGGAUUUUUCUGAUGAUCAGACAUGGUUAUACACAAUACCAGGAGACUCAGGAGAGAAGGUGGACUUGGUAGAGUUCAAUUUGGCUUGCGACUGGCCAAUUGAUGAAGAUGAAGAAUAUCUUAAACUGGAGAAGGAAUUGAAUGAUAUAUUAGAUAAACUGCUUCAGAAUGAAGUGGCAUUGCCCGAUAAACACAAAUUCGACUCGCGCACUUACGUCAGGCCAAAGAAGCGCAUGCAAAGACCAAGCAUCCAAAGCAUCGUCGAAGUUUCAUCCAACCCGCCGUCUAUGUCCCCACAUCCAUCACUCAACUCCUCGCCGAACAAGUAUCUGACAUACAACAAAUACAACAAUCCCUUGGGUCCAAUCAGCCCCAUGUUGAGACUGAAGACGUUCAAUGUUGAUACCAAUACCGAGAAUAGCCAUGUGGUUAAGGAUUUCGCGAUGAAGAGGCGGGGCGUGAUCCAAGACGAUGACCCACAGCUUGAAGAUACCGAAGGAGAAAACUCGACGCCCGAACAUGUGCCGUUCAAAGCGAUCAACAUCGACCUCUCGCAGCCGGCGCACAACAUACACAACACUUUCAACAAAGGCAUAAUGCAUGUAAUGCAGGAAAGUAGCAGCAUGAACAUGUACCGGAGUGGCGAAUCACUCAUGCGCAUGUCGCCGCCAAGUCUCGUCUCUUCGAUGCUGGAGAACUCUGGGAACUUCAACGCCGAGUCUAUGGAUAGCCGGAAAUCGCAGAGAGACUCAGGGCUACCGAUGUCCGGUCGGGAUAGCAUAGACCCUAUGAUGACAAGUAUGACACUCAGCAUCUUAGACGAAAAGGAUAUGAGCACUAGUUUCCUUUCCCAAACUACUUAUCCUGACAACGAUAGCUUCAUGGACUCUCUACCGCCCAGUUUAGUCAACUCAGUCAACUCCUCUUACGUAGUCUCAAACUCAUCGAAAGCCAAAACUGAAACAAAUGACACAAAUAUAUUUAGUUCAGCAACAUUCACUCAUUUGGAACAAUCCGAAAAACUCCUCUCUGCAAGACCAAGAUGUCACCUAUAUAAUAGUGUCACCAAACGAGACUCGAUCAAAAACUCUGAAAGUUACACCAAAGCGAAGGAAGAGGCGUGUCAGAUUGAUACAGUGAAAGUUCUAAACGAAAACUGUGAUAACAAUUUAGGGGUCCCCCAACCCAAGAACUCACCGAAAACUCAAAACAAACCCAACGGUGAAAUGAGUGAGACUAUUACUCUGCAUUAUUCCAAUAAUAAAUUCAGGCGAGACAACGAUGCAGAAAAGGAAAAUAUGAACAGAACUUUCCAAUGCGACGAUACUUUUUAUAAAGAUAUGGGCAUCCCUAAAACGCAAGCGGUCGAUCAAGGCAAGAGUAGUAUGAAUGUUACCCUCGAUAAACAGGAACUAAAUGAGAUUAUACAGGCGAGACAAAAGCUGUCACUGGCGAGGAAAGCAUUACCGAGCGAACCGGACAAACCUUCAAAUCCAGUGAACCAAGUAGAUACAUCGCCAGUUAAAACUAUCCAACUUCCAAACCAAACUGUUAUAACAGUGCCAAAACAGAGUAUGGAAAAUGCCUCAGAAUUACUGUCUAGACGGAGAGCGAUGAAUAACUACGACAGACCAGAAGAACAUAUGAGGGAAACUCCGAAAAGGAAUGCAACCUUCAAAAAACCAUCUCCAACCUCUCCAAAAACCUUUGCAACUAGCGCGCUGGAUGCGACAGUUGUGCACGUGAAGGCAGAUGAUAAUAACAUAAUCGAUAUAAAUUCUGCAACCAUGAGCCUUAUCGAUUCCGGUGAUAGGGCGUUGAAUCAAGAGUGUCAGGAUUGGGGUAUGCAAGAGCGGGCGAUGGUUGGCUCAAGUGAGAGCACAGGAACGGAUACAGGCACCUUUAGCUCCAGCAGUCCGCCCGAGAGUGUGCCUGAUACCGUUGAUCCACGCGCUCAAGUAGCAUCAACACCACUCAUGCUCCUCAAGAGGGGCGUAAAGCAAGAAUUCUUAGAUAUCAACAGCACCAUAUCCCCAAUUUACGAUAAUAACAUGGUAGACGACAAAUCGUAUACCGUCAAUAAAGUUCCGAACUCUAUUGAUAUGGGGAAGACAUACUUUAACGUAAACGACAAAUCGUAUACCGUCGCUAGGGCUCCAAACUCAAACGAUAACAUGGGGAAGCCAUAUUUGAACACGGCAGUCAUUAACAGUGCCACCAUGGUCAAAAAGACAUCCGCUAAAAGGGAUAUAAUGGCUGCAAAGAAUUAUCCCGAGAAGAAAAUAUCGGCUCCCUCACAAAUGGUAAAGCCAGCUGCCGUGAAUAGAGUUUCGCCUACGGAGAAUGGGCUGUACAGUGUUAUGCCACCGCCCGCAACUAUCCCAAGGAAGACAUGUUUACCGACAUCAAAACUCCGACAGUAUAGCUCACACAAGGAACUUAAUAGGAUACCUGGCAACCCACCAUCAAGUGCGGCGCGAGUGUUAGCGGGGCGGACGAUGGUACGGCGAGGGGUGUACGCGUCCAACCCCGCCCUCAGUCCAACUGCGCCUGUACCGCCCACACUCUCGGCGCUCGCCGUGCCACAACGACGGGAGUCCUACACUAUCGCAACACAUCAGAGAGAAAUGGAAGCAGAAAGACAAGAGAGGCCAACGUUAAUGAAUCCCCCAGCACUCGUCCGACAAGGAACUGAGACUUUGCGUCGAGAGCGACCGCAAAGUCAACUUGUGGCGCCGAAAGAUCUUCGGCUGAGCGCAGUGGGGCCGAGUGGCGUGCCGGUGUCGCUGCGGAACCACUACGCACCUCCUCCUACAACUCGGCCUUACUCAAUAGCGGGUACGUCUCAGCUGCGAGUGUCCAGGCCCGCUUCUGUGCCACUUCAGAAAACUGCGACAGUGACGAUGCCACAAGUAGAACAGCCGCGACCGUCGACAGGCGUCGAUCGCAUGUCUGCGCUGCCCCGGCCUUCCCGAUUGCCUGCGCCAAGGAGAGGUCUAAGACCCCCAUCAGUAUACUCAGUUGCUCCGACGGGCGACACGGACCAAUACUGACAUACAAUCUGUUGUGCCAAACUCCUGGGCCUCUAGCCCUUGUAUUAUUAAUGUAAUAAACUAAUAAAUAAACUAAAUUUAGCGUU